AUGGUGAAGCUGGAGCGUUUUCCGCUAACAGAAGAAGUUCUUCCAUAUAAAGGAAAUUCUUCUAACGGAAGAAGUUCUUCCAUCAUGGUUAGAACAAGAAGAUCAGAUCUUUCCUUAGCUACUAGGGUAAUAGGAAGAGGUAGACACGAUAAGCAUCAUGCAGAUGAUGUUCACCGGCGUAGGCCGACCGCAUCUGCCCGUAGGCAACGAGUACAUGUUGCUAGGGCUGAGGAUGUUCCUCAGGUGACUGAGGAUAUUCCUCAUGUGACUGAGCAUGUUCCUCAUGUGGACGAGGACAUUCUGACUGCGGAUGUAGAUGUUGCGGACGUAGCUGCUGAUGGUGCUGAGGGAUCACCUGCUCAGCAUGGCGAGGGAUUCCCUGGUGGGCCACAUGACACAUCAUUGCUGACAUCAUUUGCUGACCAUGUGGAACAACCUGAGUUGAAGCUGGUCUCCCACGGUAGGAAAGUUGAUAAAUUUGGGAGUCCAGCGCCUAAGAUUGAAGGCCUUGUUGUCGGCACCGGAUUAAGUCCAUUGAUCGAUUGUUCUGUGGUCACUGGUAAUCCUAGACUUAUAUCUGCAUUUGUGGAGAGGUGGCAUAGGGAGACCAACACCUUCCACCUUCCAAUGGGGGAGUUGAUGAUCACACUGGACGAUGUGGUGUGUCUCCUCCAUCUUCCUAUCACAGAGGCAUUACACAGGUUUGAGCCUCUGGGCGUGGACGACGCAGUCUUGUUGUUAAUGGAGCUUCUAGAGGUAUCCGGCAAGGAGGCUCAAGUUGAGACCAUACUUAUCACUUACCUCCUCCACCUGGUGGGUUGUACUCUUUUUGCUAAUAAAAGUGCAACCCAUGUUCAUGUGGUGCAUUUGGAGGGUUUUCGAGACUUGGGUCAGUCUAGGGGCUAUGCCUGGGGAGUUGUCGUGCUGGUUCACAUGUAUGACCAGCUAAAUGAAGCUUCGCAGACCCCCACACGACAGAUGGGUGGGUACUUAACGCUAUUACAGUGCUGGAUAUAUGAGUAUUUUCCCAGUGUUCAUCAGUGUGUCACUGAUGAUGGAUAUGCUGAGAAGACCCCACGUGCCUCCAGGUGGCUUACGAUGAAGGCGCACAUGAAGGGGAUCAAGGGAGCGCCGUACAGGGGGCAGCUCAGAUGGGGUCAUGUUGUGGUCUAUGUCAGACCAGAGAGGGUGGUACAACAGUUCGGGUACAUGCACACCAUCCCUCCGCUGCCGGUUACUAGUUUGUUGUCGUAUGAGGACAUAAGCGACAGGUGGAUGCAUUUCGGGGAUCAUCUAGCACCUGCGGGUGAGAUUUGUGUUGUCCCCAGCCAGGUAUCAGCAGACUACAUGGAGUGGUUUUUUCAGAUAUCUCACCCUUUCGUCAUGUCAACCCAGGAAGGUGAUGAGCCCAGACAUCCACCUGCCCCAGAUGUGGAUGCAUACGUCGAGCCACAUAUCCCAGAGGUUCCAGUCCCAGCUAAUCUCCCUAGACCUUCAGUGGUUGCUUAUGAAGGUUGUGAAGCAAUCGCAAAAAGGUUGGAGCGUGUGCUCAACCUUAGGAUGGUCACUGCAAGAACUGAGUUACAUGAGAUCAUGGAAGAUUGUCUGCGGAUCGCUAGGGGUGACACCUCUGAUGGAAGUCUUAGGGCACGACGUAGACAGCGCAUAGAUUAG